AUGACCACGAGCAACUCUCCGGAGGCUGUGGCCGACCCGGCCAGCGGCUCCGCCGCGGCCCCUUAUGGGACACGAUCAAGAGGUCGCAACGCGCCUCGGCCUAAUUAUGCUGAGGACCGAGACAUUGAAAUGGAAUUCGAUGUCGCGCCUGCCAAGCCCGGCAACAAGCGCAAUAGUGGCGUGUCUCUGAACACCAACCUCCCCAAUGGCUCCAAAUCAGACAGCGAGAAAUCCUCGCCAGUGCAACCACGCAAGACCUUGACCAACGGCGCUACUAAUGUCGCGCCUAAAGAAUCCAUCCCCGGCACCUCGUCCUUCUCGGCGCGUCCCGAAGACGUAAAUGGGACAAGCUCGGCACGGAAGCGCAAGCAGCCCGCGAGCACGCCAAAUUCAAGUUCCACCAGCGGCGGCAAUCCUCCUAAAAGAGCCUCAGGCCCGCACCUGAUCGACGGCCAAAUUAAAUCAGACGAUGGCACCACGUUUGCUGUUAAUGAUCAUGUAUAUUUGAUUUGUGAACCUCCCGGUGAGCCAUACUACCUGGCUCGAAUCAUGGAAUUUCUACCUUCAAAGACCAAAGAGUCGGGUGUGAUUGAAGCGUUGCGAGUCAACUGGUACUACCGCCCUCGUGACAUUCAGCGCCACAGUGCCGACACUAGACUUGUGUAUGCGUCGAUGCAUUCGGAUACGUGUCCCCUGUCCUCAUUACGUGGGAAAUGUCAGAUUCGCCACAUGUCCGAAAUUGAUGACCUGACCGCGUACAAAAAGACGCGAGAUGCGUUUUGGUACGACAAGAUGUUCGACCGUUAUAUCCACCGCAUGUACGAUGUGAUCCCGACGAAAGACGUCAUCAAUGUGCCGCCCAACGUCAAGCGCGUACUGGAUGAUCGCUGGAAGUUUAUUCUGGUGGAAAUGGGCAAGGGUAAGGAGUUGACGGGUGCCGUGAAGACCUGCAAGCGAUGCCACUUGUUCGCCGCAAAUGCCGAGUCCGUGGACUGUGCGGUGUGUCACUCGACAUACCACAUGUCCUGUGUUCGACCUGCGCUCACGAAGAAGCCCGCACGCGGAUUUGCCUGGGCUUGUGCACCCUGUAGCCGCGCCCAGGAGCGCAAACUGGAAGCCCGCAACACGCCGAUUAUUGGCGUAGCUAAGGGAGAAGGCGAGGACGAGGUUAUGGAGGAGGAAGAGGAAGAGCACCAUGCGAAUGGUGUCGCCAACGGAACCUCAGUCAGCACGCCAGCCGGUAUUGAGGACUCCAUGCCUCAGCCGGAAACCGCAGAACAGAUGGCACAGGCAAGGAUGUGGCCGUACCGCUAUCUGGGUAUGCAUUGCCGCGUGGAGGAUGCCCUCGACUACGAUGACCGGAUCUAUCCUCGUGCCAGUUCUCGACUCGGACCGCGACACCAAGCGAUCGUCAACCCCUGGCCCGGACGCCCAGUUGAAUACGUGAAGCCUUUGGAGCUCAAGAAGAAGUACUCCAGACAGUCGGGUGGUGCCAAGGUUGCCCCCAAGGCUGCAAUGGAGGCCAUGAAACAAGAAAAGGCCACUCGACCGAAAUGGGUGCAGGAUUCACCGCCAGGCUAUAUUCAACGUGGAGAGGAUGAACCCGUUGCCAUCACCAACACAAAGCAGGCACGUACUGCUGAACUCAUUUUCAAGAUGCCGACUGCGGAGCAACUCCCCGCUCGUGGCGAAGACGAUGCGCCCGGCUCGCACCUCAGUCCAGCAGACAGGGAAGCCUUUAUUGACGAUUACAUGCGACGCGCUAGAGAGUUGGCUCCGGACGUUGGAGUUGAAAAGUACUCCACCAACUUCUUGGACAAGGCCAUUGAGCUACUAUAUUCCGAAAGCUUCAAUGUCGAUACCGCUCUUGGCAAGUUGAAGAAGGUCAACAAACACAAGGAUCUCAAGGAGCCUAACCUUCGACCGGAGGAGCUGAAAUUGUUCGAACAAGGCGUGGCCAAGUAUGGAUCGGAAUGGCGCAAUAUUACCAAGCAUGUCAAGACUGUUCCACACUACCAAAUUGUCCGAUUCUACUACAUGUGGAAGAAGACUCCCCGUGGCCGGCAAGUCUGGGGUAGUUAUGAAGGUCGACGAGGCAAGAAGGAGGUCCGUCGGCAGAGUGUUGCAACCUCGAAGCUACUCGACGACGUUGCUGAUGACCAUGACGAUUCUGCAUUUGACAAUGAUAAAGCGAUGACUUUGAAACGUGGAUUCCAGUGCAAGUUCUGCUCGACUCGCAGCUCUCGACAAUGGCGCCGUGCUCCCUUGGUCCCGCCGGGUACCACUGUACCUUCGGACCCUUCUGCAAAGAAAGACAAGGGACCCAUGCUCACCGUUUCUCUUUGCCUUCGCUGUGCGUUACUGUGGCGGAAGUAUGCUAUCCAGUACGAGGACAUUGAUGAGGUCGGGAAGAGAAUUGCAGCUAGCGGUAACAAGUCCUGGAGGAGACGCAUUGACGAGGAGCUGCUAGCUCAGAUGAUUGUGGCCACCGAAACACCCUUUACUAUCAGCAGUCUCACCGCUACCACGGCAUCCUCCAUUGGAAUCCCAGUCGAUAUCAACCCUCACUUGCAGCAGGAAAGUAAGCUGGACAAGAAGAAGCCGCGUCCUGAUGUUCCAAGCACAACAACUUCUACCGCGACAUCGGUUGAGCCCAUGCCCAAGAAGAAGGAGAAGGUCGUGGGCGUUGAGAAGGUUGUGGCUGAGGGACCCCCCGUUGUUCCCGAUCCACCUAGGGCGAAGACUCUUCCAUGUGCGAUUUGUAACAAGGUUGAGCCAUCUGGUGAAGAGCAUCUCUCCUGCCGGGACUGUCGACUGACUGUUCACCGCAACUGUUACGGAGUGCCGUCAUACCGGGCGGGUAGUAAGUGGCUUUGCGAUAUGUGCUCUAAUGACCGCAGUCCCUCGAUCUCUACCACCUACGAAUGUGUUCUUUGCCCGGUGACAUACACUGAGCACGAUCUUAUGGAGACUACGAAGAACACGAGUCGGAAGAAGUCUGAUCGGGACAAGGAGAAGGAGCGGCUGGAGAAAGAGAUGGUUACCGAAGCUAUCAAGCUCUAUCGUCAACGCCAAGAAGCUGUCGGCAAGCCUGUUGGUCCUCGAGAACCUCUGAAGCGUACAGCAGGGAACAACUGGGCUCACGUUAUGUGUUCCAUUUGGACCCCCGAAAUCAAAUUCGGAGAUGCGAAAGAGUUGGAGCCUGCUGAAGGCUUUGGUUCUAUCUCUAAGGAUCGGUGGCGGGAGGAGUGCAAGAUUUGCAAGUCCUCCAAGGGCGCCUGCGUGCCUUGCCAUUUCACUGGCUGCAAUACCUACUUCCAUGUUGGCUGUGCCUUCCAAGCAGGAUACCGCUUGGGAUUCGAUGUAACCCCUGUGAAGAGCACUCGCAAAGACAACGUCCAGACCAUUCGUCUGGGUACGGAGCUCGGCGUUGCCUCGCCCGUUAUCUACUGUCCCAGCCACAGCGUGUCAGCCACUGUUCAUGAUAUUGGUGAAGCAGCAGGCUCAGAUGGCCUCAAUGCGCUCCAGCUGUUUGCUCAAACAUACAAGCAGGCUGAUCUCACUCUGACCGGAACGUCUCGAAAGGCAGCAUACGUGCAACAAUCGGUCGCAGCUCCCCCCGUUCAUCACGGCAACGGGGCGGCCCACCGACGGACUUCGACAAGCACUGGAUUAGCAGCUGUCACCAAAGACACGCACAAGCCUCAACCUGCUCCCGAGGAUGCCGCGGAUGAAAUGGACAUCGACACUGAGGAACAGGUACCUGCGCCAAAGCCCGUGACUGGUGUCUCGACAAACCGAAGAUGUGUACGAUGCGCGACCGAUUACAGUCCCAGAUGGUGGCCUAGCCAACGCCGCAGCGAUCCUCGAGCCUCCUUUACGCCCAAUGGGGUCGGGAUUAACUCUAACAGCCCAUCCUUCCCCCCUCGACGGCCAUCAUUUGCGCAUUCCAAUGGAGACGUUGGGGAGACAACCUAUGAAUGCCACAAGUGCCACUUGAAGCACCCACCCGUGCCCGAGCCUGCGCCCGAGCCCCGUCCCUCCCCGUAUUCGGCUCAGCGCCCUGCGAUGUUCCCAGCUCCCCGCAUGGCUCCUAGUCACAACGGUCACGGUCAGAGCAAUAGUCAUGGCCCCGCGCUUGGGCACACUUUCGUGCCGCAUUCCCAUUCACACCCUCCCCCAACGGGCGUGCUUGGCCGGCCACUACCUCCGACUCAUUCGCACAAUGCUCUUCCGGGCUACCCAGGGUACGACCAGCGAGCUGGUCGCAGCCCCGAUGUACGCAACGGCAUGUCACCGUCUACUUAUCCCCCGGGACCUCCUCCUCCACCUCCCCAUCACCUCGGUAGCUACCCAUCCGCUCAUCCUCCAGGCCAUUCUCCGUCUCCUUUUGGCACUGGACCUCCUCCACCUCCCCCGACACAGGCGUAUCCAGCUCAUCAGAGUCCGUACGCUCCCAUGUCAGCUAGAUCGCCGCAUCUUUCUCAGCCUCCACGUGCCUACCCAGCAUCGGCAUCCCCGCCGAUCGUGCAGGCGACUGUCAACCGGUCUCCGCAGACUGCACUUAGUGCAUUGAAUGGUGGCCCUCCUCCGCGCAUGUACUCGGGAGAGCGUGACAUGGGUCCUCCUUCUCACUCACCUCCAUCUGUCCAAGCACGUCUCGAUCCGCGCGGGCCUACUCCCCCGACGCGAGUAGAUUCGUCGCAAUCCCUGGCGAGCAUCCUUGGCGGAACCCCGAAUGCUCCGCGACACUCGGGCGUGAAUGGCACGAGUACCGGGUCUGGGGCGAGCGCGAGCCCAUCCCUCAAAAAUCUCCUCUCGUGA